CGGUUGGUCUGACACAACCACGUGGUGGAACACGACACCAUGCCCUGACCAUGACGGUGGUCGCGCUGCUGCAGGACUACGCGGUGUCGAAGGUGCUUCUGGAAGAGGCGGCGAGCAAGUUCGCGGAGGAGAGCGGCAUCAGCCUAGUGACCGUGCUGCCCGCGUUCACCCUGGGCGCAGCGCCGGUCUCGCAGGCCAAAACCAGCGUCCCCGCUAUCCUCUCCUUGUUGUCUGGUGACGAGGCACAGCUGGAUAUCCUGAAAGGCCUGCAGUCGGUCACGGACUCUGUGGCGAUAAUCCACGUGGACGACCUCUGCCGCGCCGAGGUGUUCCUCGCCGAGAACGAGCCAUCAUCGGGGAGGUACAUCUGCUGCAGCCACAACACCACCAUCCCCCAGCUCGCCCGUCUCCUGGUGGAGAAGUACCCACAAUACAUCGUGAAACCUGAACGUUUUGAUGCGUACCCUGAGAAGCCAAGAGUGAGUGUUUCUUCCGAGAAGCUCAUCAGUGAAGGGUUCAAGUACAAGUACGAUGACCUGGGUGAAAUCUUUGACGAUGUCGUUGAGUACGGUAGGACCACAGGGAUUCUUCCCUACUGAUAUAUAUGCUCAUGUCCUGCCGAUCAUAUGUGCUUUCUAGACGAGUGAGUGUAUCUAGACAUGUUUUUUGUGUGUAGAUACAUCCAUUUAAGAGUAAAAUAUUUUGGAACGGAGGGAAUAAUAAGCAAUAAAACCCACACACUUGUACGUGUGUCAUUAGGGUGACUUAGUUUCCGUGUACGGAUGUGCAUGUGUGCGCACCAUCUUCUUUGAUUUCCUUCUCAUGCAAUCUAUGUUCUUUGAUUGCAAGUCAUUUUAGAGUA